AUGGAUCCGAUAGUUAGGAGUGCCACAGAUUCAUAUGUCGAUGACAUCGUCGUUAAUAAAGAAAUCGUCAGUAGUGAUGUUGUGAUUAGAUUGUUGGAAACAUAUGGUUUGACAGCAAAGCCGGCAGAAACGCUUGAUGGAGGCAGAGUAUUAAGACUAAGGCUGAGAAGAGCAGGAUGUAAGCUAAUGUGGUACAGAGAUAACAAAUUAAAACCUUUGGACCAAGUUAAAACAAAGAAAGAUGUUUUCUCGUUGUGUGGGCAAUUGAUUGGACACUAUCCAGUAGCAAGCUGGCUUCGACCUGCAUGUAGUUUCGUUAAGAGACAUUUGUCGGAUCUGAAGUGGGACGAUUUGAUCAGUGAACGUGCGCAAACUAUGUUAACAAAUAUUAUGGAUCGAAUCGAUGAAAGAGACCCAGCCACUGGCAAACGGGCUGUGUCCCCUGGAGAAGAAGGAAAAGUGUGGUGUGACGCAAGCAGUCUAGCGAUCGGAGUUUGUCUAGAAAUUGAAGGUGAGAUAGUCGAAGAUGCUUCGUGGCUGAGGAAGCAGCAUGAUUCAGCACAUAUCAAUUUAGCAGAAUUGGAAGCUAUCCUAAAAGGAGUAAAUUUGGCCCUGCGUUGGGGGUUAAAGAAGAUCGUAUUAAUCACGGAUUCAGCGACAGUUCAUGCUUGGGUGUCAUCUAUACUGACGGGGGACCGUCCUAUCAAAACACAUGGGUUAAGUGAAGUUUUGGUUAGAAGACGAUUAAGCCUAUUUAAAGACAUUAUUUUGGAAUGCGGUCUCAAUGUACAAAUAGAACUCAUUAAGUCACAGUUCAACAAAGCAGAUCUUCUUACAAGAGUGCCAAGAAAAUGGUUAGCAAGAAACGAAGAGACUAGCAUUGCACUUGUGUAUGAGAAUGAGAGUGUGGACCAAAAGACAUUGGUGAAACAGGUUCAUGACUUGCAUCAUUUUGGUGUUAACCGUACUUUAUUCACCGCCAGACGGUGUCACCCAGACAUUAACUUUACCACAAAAGUUGUUGAAGAAGUUGUGAAAAGUUGUAAAGAGUGUCUGUCAAUUGAUCCAUCCAGCAUCAAAUGGGAGCCUGGGUAUUUGGAUUGCCAGAACAAUUGGUAUAGGCUUGCCAUUGACGUAACACACUAUGGUCAAAGCAAGUUCAUGACCAUUGUGGACUGUGGUCCAAGUAGGUUCUGCAUUUGGCGCAGGAUCCCAAAAGAGACGAAAGAUCAGAUUUCUAAAGUGUUUUUGGAAUUGUUUACUGAUCGAGGGCCACCACAUGAGAUUUUGAUGGACAAUAGUGCAACAUUUCGAUGCGAAGAGAUUACUCAGCUCUGUGAUAAAUGGGGUAUUAAAGUUGUGUUUAGGUGUGUCAACCGGCCAAGUGGAAACGGGAUAGUUGAGCGAAACCACAGAACAAUCAAGCGUAUGGCCGCAAGAACUAAAGGGAGUAUCCAAGAAAUGGUCUAUUGGUACAAUUUGACACCUAAAGAAGGAUUAUGUGGCGAUUCAUCGCCGAGUUCCCAGAUUUUUUCGUACCAAUGGCGAUGUAAAGGUGAACCUGUAAAAGGUGAAGUGUAUGAAGGGUCACAUUUUACAGUAGGUGAACGUGUGUAUGUCAAGCCGCCAAACCCAUCCUGUACUUCGAGAUGGAAGGAAGGAGUGGUUACUGGACAGUUUUCACCCAGAAGUGUUGAAGUAAAUGGCAGGCCUCAUCACAUAGCAGAUGUGCAAAAAGUAGUUGAAAGUAAAAAUGAAAGUGUAAGUUGUGUCGGCACCUCGAGGGCAUGUGGUGGUGUUGACACCACGGGGGCGUGUAGCUGUGAACUAGCAUCAGCUGACUAG